CCCCCCCCCGGCAGUGCGGUGCUGCGCCGCGAACAUGGCGUCGGAGGGGAUGAUCCUGACGAACCACGACCACCAGAUCCGCGUCGGCGUCCUCACAGUGAGUGACAGUUGCUUCAGGAACCUUGCCGAGGAUCGUAGUGGGAUAAACCUUAAAGAUCUGGUCCAAGACCCUUCUUUGUUGGGUGGGACUAUAUCUGCAUACAAGAUAGUGCCAGACGAAAUAGAAGAAAUCAAGGAGACGCUGAUAGAUUGGUGUGAUGAAAAGGAACUUAAUUUGAUUUUAACAACUGGAGGAACAGGGUUUGCACCGCGAGAUGUCACUCCAGAGAAAUUCCCAACAUUCCCAUUAUGUGGGCUCCAGAGAGGGGCCACAAAAGAAGUAAUAGAGCGAGAAGCCCCGGGGAUGGCCCUGGCAAUGCUGAUGGGAUCACUUAAUGUUACACCUCUGGGCAUGCUCUCUAGGCCUGUGUGUGGAAUCAGAGGGAAAACUCUCAUAAUUAAUCUUCCAGGUAGCAAGAAAGGAUCACAGGAAUGCUUUCAGUUUAUACUGCCAGCCCUACCUCACGCCAUUGAUCUCUUGCGGGAUGCCAUUGUAAAAGUAAAGGAGGUACACGAUGAGCUUGAAGAUCUACCUUCACCACCACCCCCUCUUUCUCCUCCUCCAACCACCAGCCCUCACAAACAGACAGAAGACAAAGGAGUGCAGUGUGAGGAAGAGGAGGAAGAGAAGAAGGAUAGCGGAGUUGCCUCAACAGAGGACAGUUCUUCUUCACAUAUAACAGCAGCAGCUAUUGCAGCUAAGAAGCAUCCAUCCUAUACCAGUCCAGCUGUUAUCAUGGCUAAAGGUCAACAGCCCAUCCCUGGUCUCAUCAGUCAUUGCCAUCAUGCAGCAGGCAGUGCAGGAGAACUGAUUCCAGAUUCCAUCAUCUCUCGAGGUGUUCAGGUUCUCCCACGUGAUACAGCCUCCCUCAGUACUACUCCUUCAGAAUCUCCUCGUGCCCAAGCCACCUCUCGCCUCUCCACUGCAUCCUGCCCAACACCAAAAGUCCAGUCUAGGUGCAGCAGCAAGGAGAACAUCCUCAGAGCAAGUCACAGUGCUGUUGACAUUACCAAGGUAGCAAGAAGACAUCGCAUGUCACCAUUCCCAUUGACAUCUAUGGACAAGGCCUUCAUCACAGUUCUGGAGAUGACCCCAGUGCUUGGAACAGAAAUCAUCAAUUACAGAGAUGGAAUGGGGCGAGUCCUUGCUCAAGAUGUAUAUGCAAAAGAUAAUCUACCACCAUUUCCAGCAUCAGUAAAAGACGGUUACGCUGUCAGAGCUGCUGAUGGCCCAGGAGAUCGAUUCAUCAUAGGGGAAUCCCAGGCUGGUGAGCAGCCAACUCAGACUGUGAUGCCUGGUCAGGUAAUGCGUGUUACAACUGGUGCUCCAAUUCCAUGUGGUGCUGAUGCAGUGGUGCAAGUGGAAGAUACAGAGCUCAUCAGGGAAUCAGAUGAUGGCACUGAAGAACUAGAAGUUCGAAUCCUGGUGCAAGCUCGACCCGGCCAAGAUAUCAGACCCAUAGGACAUGACAUUAAAAGAGGUGAAUGUGUGCUGGCUAAAGGAACCCACAUGGGUCCAUCUGAGAUUGGUCUCUUAGCAACUGUUGGAGUAACUGAAGUAGAAGUUAACAAGUUCCCAGUGGUUGCAGUAAUGUCAACAGGGAAUGAGCUGCUGAAUCCUGAGGAUGACCUCUUGCCAGGAAAGAUUCGGGACAGUAACCGUUCAACUCUCCUAGCUACAAUCCAAGAACACGGCUAUCCAACAAUCAAUUUGGGAAUUGUGGGUGAUAAGAAGCCAGAUGUUUUUAAAGAAGAAGGGACACAGAGCUUCCAGAACACUGCGGAGACAGGCCUACCAGAUUGCCCAGAUGAUUUACUGAAUGCACUGAAUGAGGGUAUCAGCCGUGCUGAUGUGAUCAUUACAUCAGGAGGUGUAUCCAUGGGGGAAAAGGACUAUCUUAAACAGGUGCUGGAUAUUGAUCUUCACGCACAGAUUCACUUUGGCAGAGUUUUUAUGAAACCUGGCCUGCCAACAACUUUUGCAACUCUGGAUAUUGACGGUGUAAGAAAAAUAAUCUUUGCGCUCCCAGGCAAUCCUGUGUCAGCUGUCGUCACCUGCAAUCUCUUUGUUGUUCCUGCACUGAGGAAAAUGCAGGGUAUCUUGGAUCCUCGGCCCACCAUCAUCAAAGCCAGGUUAUCAUGUGAUGUAAAAUUGGACCCACGCCCAGAAUAUCAUCGGUGCAUUCUGACUUGGCAUCACCAAGAACCACUACCUUGGGCACAGAGUACAGGGAAUCAGAUGAGCAGUCGUCUGAUGAGUAUGCGCAGUGCCAAUGGACUGUUGAUGCUACCUCCAAAGACAGAGCAGUAUGUGGAGCUUCACAAGGGGGAGGUGGUGGAUGUCAUGGUCAUCGGAAGGCUAUGAUGUCACCAGCAAGAGCGAAGCUUUGAUGCAUGUCCACAUAUCAUUGACUGUAUCCUGUAAUAUGCAACGGCACAGCUAGUUUUUCCGAUUUGGAUAAAAGUUGAUCAGUAUAGUCAACAUCUUGAAAUAUAUUUCAAAUGGAAUUUAAAUAAAUACCUUUUAAAAAAAAAACAAACUUUAAAACAAAUCUUAACAAAGAAAUUUAUUCUGAUUAUAUCAAAGCAACUUUUUCCUUUUCUUGCAAUUGCUUUGUGUGUUCAAUGCUAGUUCUAAUAGCGGUAGCUUUUAGUAGACAGCAGUAGGUGCCUGCAGAACUUGUGUUUUUUCUCAUCUUUAAGAUACAACUACUUACGCUCUUAAAACAAGGCUGUCUGCUUAUUUAUACUAGCGUAGACAACACUUGGAUUUCCCUUAUUAGUAUGCUUCAUAACCGCUUCACAGAGAGCUUCUGCUUGUUCUUUAUCUUGUAUCUCGUGUUGAUGUGCACAGUGCCAAAAGCAGAGUGGCUGCACUGGGAACCCAAUGAAGCCCCGAGGUUUUCUCACCUCGCUGCGCAUUCAGGGAUGUCUCUUGUCCCGGCAGCCACCCAGCUCAGUACUCUUGGGCAGUAACUGGAUACCUUUUAUUUCAACAAACAAAAAAAUUGCUUCCUUAAGUGCUGACAGCCUUUUUAACCAAUACAUUUAAAAAUGUACAGAACUAAAAACUAAAAAAAAUCAAAGACUGAUCUUGUACAGAUAUUAGUGUUACCAGCAUUCGUGUGGAAAUUAAAUGAGCAAAGAAAUAAAACUAAUGUUAAACAACUCUGUACCAUAACAUUUUCUGUAAUGAUAUUGAAACUUAAAUGAAUAAAAAAAAUCCUCAAUCAUUAUUUAAAA